GACUUACCCAAGUCUGACUCAGCUGAGUUUUGUUUAUAAAUACGGGUCCGGACCCACCUGGCCUAAAAAGUUCAAGAGGCAAUCGAAGUAUGUAGCAAGGCGACAUACAAAAUAGAAAAAGAAGAGAAGAAAAUGGUCUUGAAGGUUUGCUAUGAAGUUAUGUAUGAUAUAAUGAUUAUGUCACAUUCCUCUUCAUAUGUCAUCUAAAAGUGUGGUUACGUAUUAAACAUGAACAAUUUUUAAAAAUAGAGAAAAAUGUAAGAGAAGAUAAUUUUCAAAAAUAUAGGCGCUAAUUGGUUUAGUUAAUUAAACCAAAAUGUUGAAAAUUACUAACGUUAUUCAAAGAAAUUGUAAGAAUAAUGGCUUAUUGUCAUUCAUAAAAUUUAAUAAUUUUUCUUCAUCAUCGCCCGAAUUAAAGAAGACAAUUAAAAAUUCAUUAUCAGAACAAAAUGAAGCACUAAUUAAUAAGAACGAUAUACGAAAACCUGAACAAAUUUCCUUGACGCAUAAAUCAAUGAUUGCAGCAGCUUUUGCUUCCCUAAACUCCAAUGAAAAUAGCGACAUUAAAACACCCCAGACCGAUGGAAAACUGUUAAAUGCUGGAAAUGUUGAAGAACUCCUUUCUGUAUCAGAAGGAAGUGGCGUUUCCCGCAGACAUGCACUAAAGGUUGUAUCUGUAUUGGCUGACUGGUCAAGUUCAGGUAAAGUGAACAUUUCAGAUUUUGAAAAUGACCCAAGGUUUAUAAAAUUAUGCAGAAUAUUAACAAAGUCAAAUAAUUCUCUAAAAGUAUCAAGAGGUAUGUCGAGGAGUGAGGAUUUAUCAACAGUUCUAAGUGUAACAGCUGAUGAUGAAGCUGCUAAAAUGAUAGAUAAUAUAACUUUGCCUCAAAUGGUUAAAGUGAUGACAACAUUAUCACAAAAAAAAAGAAGGUCUACAUUGUUAUUAAGAUCUUUAUCAUACAACAUAACUCGCAGCACAAAUCAACUAAAUUUGAAGCUCUGUAGUGAUUUGCUAUUUUCUAUGGUGGUACUAAACUAUCCAGAUGAUAAUCUCUUAUCAAGAAUUGCAGGAGAUAUUACAGUAGAAGUGGAAAAAAUUGUCAGGAAAAGUUCUGUGAUUGGUUCCAUCCUAACCAGCUUGGGUCUUCUUAAGUAUAAAAAUCCAGCACUAUUGGAUAUAUUGAGCGAAUGGGUACAACAUAACCACAGUAUCUGCAGACCUCAAGAUAUUUUCAGCUUGAUAAUGACAUUGGCUGUUGUUAAUUACACCCCAAACAAUGCAGAUAAGUUGUUUGAGAUAUUGUUACCUCAACUCACUCAAUCUGAAGCCGGAAAAUCUGUGGUUUGGCUGGAGAUUGUGUGGUCUUUGGUUUUGCUUAAUAAAGCCAAUAGCAGUCAUGUAUCCAGCGUUUUAGAUGAAACGUUCUUAAGAACAUUAGAAGACCCUGUGACCACUUCUUUACAACUAAAACUAUUAAAUAUCGAAGGUGCUGCUCAAUAUUUAAUAGAAAAUUAUAAAGGGCCAAGGAUACCAUCUGAGUCACCUUUAAAAAACGUAUUGUUAUCCCAAUCGAAAGAAAAACAAGAAAUGGCUACCUCAAUUCUAGAUACAUUGAAGAAUUUAAUACAAUCAGACAAACUUAUCAAAACAAGAAUAAAUACAGGGUUUGGAUUUUAUGUUGAUGCAGAAUGCGUUUUAGAUAAAAAAUGCAGCCCGUUGCCUCUAGAUCAGGUGGAAUCAAAUAAAAAUGAAACGAGGGUUGCUAUUUUAGCAUUUGAUUACCACGACAUGUGUAAGGGCAAGGUCGAACCAACAGGUAUAAAUAAUUUUGCGAUACGAGUGCUGGAAGCUCAAGGAUACAAAAUAUUGGCAGUACCUUUUACGGAAUUUAAACCGAGAGACAAAUUAGUACAUAGAGUCAAGUAUUUAGAAUCGAAAUUAAAAGAAAUUGUGAAAUAGUAAAUAAUUUAUAUAUCCAAGCGAAUUGUCUUAAAACUAAUUAUACCAGUUAUUUAUACAGUUUAUUUAAUAAAAGUUACAUUGUUUCUUUUUUAAAAAUAAAUUAGUAAUUGAC